AGAGAAGGUCGAUGGGAAUAUGGCGGUCUCCAGUGGGCUUUUUGGAGGCGCGCUCAGUUCAUUGAUAAAAUGUUGUCUGCGAGUCGAGCAAAGUGCAUUGCGUUUGUUUGGCUUCCCUCACUUGUCUCAGGGUCCAGCUCUGGCAAUCCAGGGUCCAGUAUCCUGCCCCUUUCCAGAUAUGCAUUUAGAUGAUAAAGACUCCACGGCAGGAUUUCUGGAUAAUAUUUUCUGGAUGGCUGCACCCAAAAAUAGAAGAACAAUUGAAGUUAAUCGCUGCAGGAGAAGAAAUCCAAAUAAAUUAAUAGAAGUGAAGAACAAUAUUGAUGUGUGCCCCGAGUGUGGACAUCUCAAAUUAAAACAUGUUUUGUGUGGUUUCUGUUAUGAGAAAGUUCGUGAAGAGACUCAUCUAAUAAGGGAAGAAAUAAAGGCAAAAGAAGGUGGGCCCUUUAGAGCCCCCAUAGCACAGACAGUGGUCCUCUAUCAGGGCGAAAAGCCACGAUCAGAAGAUGAAGAGAAGAGGAUUAUUGAAAGAAACAGUAAACGUCCAUCAUGGUUUGCUUAUUGAUCGUAUUUUCUAUUAUUUGUUAUUGGACACAAAGAUUGUAAUAAGAAGCCAUAACAUUCCCCCGUGGUUUUCUUAUUAAUGGCAUUCUUGAAAUGCUUUUAAUGGGCAACCUUCAGAAAGAAAGCUAGCAUAUUUGUAAUAAUACGCUAUAUGUACUGCUUUUCCUUUAUUUUCUCAGAUAACUCUCCAAAAAUCUGUUCCAGUUUAAUGCAUUUUGUUCACUUUAUAUUUAAUAUAUAUUACACAUUCAAACUGGAAUAAGAAAAUAAAAUACAAAAACUU